AUGGCGAACUUUAAUUUCCAGCGACAAUUUCACUAUUUUCAAAGAUAUAUGGACAGUUCUUAUAGAACACAGGGUGUUACAUAUCGACCGGUAGGAUAUCAACACCAAAACUUCAACUGGGAGAGUGCUCCCCGCGGCUAUUACAACCCGUGUUGUUUUGGUAUUGGUCAGGAGGACAUUCAAGAGAUUUGUAAAGGUUUGUUAGCGACAAACUUGGACGACUUUCUAUCUGCACGUUCAGAAGGAGACGAUAUCAGGUUUUAUUUGAUGAACAGUGUAGCUUUUCUGACCAUAUCUUCCAAACUACUAGUUUACGAAAGAAACAAAAUGACUGGAGGUCUGUACAUCAAAUCUAAGCGUACCAUGGCAGAUAUAGAGAAAUAUAUUAAAUCUGCUGCCUACUACCAUCUUGCCGCUACGGUAGCUCACAUACGACAUAUUUCACUUUUAAUUUUGAAUUAA